AUGGCCUCCCAUGAGUCCAGAGGCCUCAGUCAGCAGCACAAAAACAUCUCAGUUUUGGUGUUUAGUCCAGAGCUCAGCCUGGUGGACUCUGUGGUCCAUCAGAGUCCAGAGCUCAGCCUGGUGGACUCUGUGGUCCAUCAGAGUCCAGAGCUCAGUCUGGUGGACUCUGUGGUCCAUCAGAGUCCAGAGUCAGGCUUGUGGGACUAUCUGGUCCUUCGGGGCCUGGCUCUCAGUGAGGGCAGCAACUGGCUGGAGACAGGGCCCAGAGGCUUCAGGCUCAAAGAAAGGGGGAAGAGUGGUGGAACUGGGACACUUGGAGACAGAACCAGGCCCAAAGUUGAAGACUCUGACAGAGACCAGGAGGACUGCCAUGCUUUCACCCCGAGCAGAGAUCCAGCCGUGCAGAAGGAGAAGCUCCAUGCAGAGCUGAAGAAGGUGCUGAGUCAGAAAAGAAGUCAUCUAAGAGAGGCGUCCUGCCAACUGGCCCAACCAGAGAUGGAUUCAGACCAAACAGAUGACCACACAAGUGUGGACGAAGGCUCAAAGCCGGUGGAGAUCGUGGUGGAGACGGAGGCCGAAGCCGGGGCCAGCGGCUACAGCGUGACCGGGGGGGAGCGGGGCAUUUUUGUCAAAGAUGUCCUCAAAGACUCUCCAGCUGCCAAACACCUCAGUUUACAACAAGGUGAUCAGCUUUUAAGUGCGAAGGUUUACUUUGACAACGUGAAGUACGAAGAUGCUCUGAAGAUCCUCCAGUGUGCAGAACCAUACAAGGUCAGCUUCCAGCUAAUGAGGACCGUCCCUGGAGCCGAGGUCAGCGUGCGGCCCAGAGUUCCCAGUGUGGAGGUCAAAGGUCCCAAAGCAAAGAUGGCCAAGAUGAGUGUGAAAGGCACCAAGCCGUUUAAGGCCCAGAAGAGGAGAGGAGGUCGUUUUGGUCUGAAGAGGCUGAAAGAGAAGCGCAGAGAGGAGCUGGUGAUGGAGGGCUCUUCCCCCAGGCUGGAGGGGGGAGACGUCGAGUUCUCACUACCCAAAUUCAAACAGAAGAAGAGUGCGAAGGUUGAAGUGGAGGGCGUGGAAGGGGCAGCCGCUGGGGGGAGGGCAAAGAGGAGGAUCAGGUUUCCUCGUAUGAAAACAAAGACUUACACUGGAGAGGCAACAGGUGGAAAGAUGGAAUCGGGACAACUGCAGGCACACGUGGACGUCUCACCAUCUGAAAUAGCCGGAGCUAAAGUAAAACCCAAAGCAAAGGGACACAAGUUUGGGAUCACGUUUCCUAAAGUCAAGCACGGUGGAUCUGUGGAGCUGAAGCCUCCAGAGGUAGACCUCCAGCCACCAUCAGUGGAGUUCAGUCUGUCAGGUGAUAAAGACGUUGCAAAGAAGGGGUCAAAGUUCAGCCCCCCAUAUGUGGAGUUUGCUCUGCCUUCAGGAAAAGCCGAAGCGUCUUCGCCCGCCGCGAAGGGCUCAGUGGAAAUCAAAGCUCCUAAAGUGGAUAUAAAAGGAGGAGCUGAGGGGAAAGUUAAUGUAGACGGAGCCAAAGGAGAUACUAAGCUCAGAAUGCCAAAGCUGAAACUACCAAAAGUUAGACUUUCCCGUCAUUCAGACGAAAUUGAUGGUGACAUGAAGGAAAAAGCUGGGGGGGUGAAAGUGCCUCAUGCUAGCAUAAAAGCAGAAGUGAAAGGAGAUGGAAAGGGAAACCUUCCUGAAGCACACAUCACCAAACCAAAAGUGGAAGGCGAUCUCUCAGGAAAAGCCGUUUCCAUUCAGGUUCCAUCAGUCGACAUUUCACUGCCCAAAGUUAAGGCGAAGCCCGACGUCGAGGUUUCACUCCCAGAGUAUAAAGGAGCAAUAAAGGGAGGAGUCACCAAGCCUGAGAUCGACAUCUCCGGGCCUGAGGUCGAUUUCAGCACUGGACAGAGAAUUCCAGAUGAGGUGGAGGGCACUUUUAAAGGACCCAAAAUCUCCAUGCCAAAGGUCGAUAUCGCCUUACCAAAGAUGGGAAGUACUGAUGUGAGUCUUGACUGUCCAGAGGGGGGAGGAAAGUUCAACCUCCCUUCUGUUGACAUCUCUCCCCCAAAGCUGAAAUCGGACAUUGGGGAUGUGGAUAUGGACUACUAUGUUGGUGGAGAUGGCAAGUUCAAAAUGCCAGAUUUUGACAUAACUCUCCCGAAAAUGAAGUCACAUGAAGGAGACGUGGGAGGAGCUUUCAAGAUGCCCAAAGUGGACUUGACCCUUCCUAAUGUGGAAGCAACAGCAUCUGGAGGUGAAAUCCAUAUGCCUUCUGUUGAUAUACCCCAAAUAAAAGGAAAAACCAAAGGUGGCAUUGAAAUAGAUGAGCCAUCUGCUAAAGGAGGGAAGUUCAAAAUGCCUUCUCUCAAUGUAAAACUCCCUCAGAUGGGCACAUCCGGAGAGAAAAUCCAGAUACCAUCAGGAGACGUUUCUUUACCAACACCCCCAGGUGAGAUUGACUUGGAGGGAGACUUAAAAGGUGGGAAAUUUAACAUGCCAUCUGUUGACAUUUCCCUCCCAAAAAUGAAGCUUCCAGAAGGAGACGUGAACCUAGAAGGCCCUGAACUUUCAAACGUUGACUUUUCCCUUUCUGAUUCAAGCCAUGGGGGCAACGUGGAACUUGAUGCCAAAGGUGGAGGCAAAUUUAAGAUGCCUUCUUUUGAAAUGUCAAUGCCAAAGGGGAAAACCAAAGGAGGAGAUAUGACUUUAAAAGGACCUGAAAUCAGAGGAGCCAAAUUCAACAUGCCAUCACUUGAUAUCUCUCUUCCAUCAAUGAAAUCACCUGAUGGGGAGGUAAAGGUUGAAGGUCCUGAAGCCAAAGGAGGGACGUUUCAAAUACCUUCUUUGGAUGUUGCACUGCCACAAAUUGAUAAAAAGUCUGGGGACAUAGAUAUUGAAGGUCCUGAAUUUAAGGCAAAACUACCAGAGGGAAAAGCAGAGGUUGACACUAAAAGUAAAGGAGGACAUUUUCAUGUACAUGCAUUCGAUCUCAAAUCAAAGCAAGGCGACGCCAAAAUUAAAGGCCCAGAUUUUAAAGAUGGAGAAAUAAAACCACCCACUGUUGACAUCUCACCUCCUAAAGGUAAACUCAAAGGUGACAUCACGCUCGAAAGUGAAACAAAAGGAGGCAAGUUUAAUGUCCCAUCUAUAGACAUUAACCUACCAAAAGUGAAGUUCCCAGAAGGAGAUUUGAGUUUUCAAGGUCCGAAAGUCAAAGGCGGGAAGUUUGAAAUGCCAAAGAUUGACCUCUCACUUCCUAAAGGAAAAGCACAGGCGGACAUUGACAUUGACAUUCACUCUGGAAAAGAUGGGAAUUUUGAAGUAACAUCCUGUGACAGUGGACUUCCUUCUGGAGAAAUCACAGCUGGCAUAAAUGCUGAAGGAAUUGAGGGGAAGAAAGGAAAACUGAAAAUGCCCAAAUUUGAUGUUCACCUUCCAAAACUACCAGAAGGCAACAUCAAGGUUGAAGGACCAAAAGUGAAAGGAAGUAUGGAAAUGCCAACGGUUGACGUUUCUUCCCCAAAAGGAAAGAUUGGUGGUGAUGUUAAUUUUGAAGGACCUGAGGGGGGAAAGAUUGACAUGCCAACAGUUGAUAUUUCAGCACCUAAAAUGAAAUGUCCCGAGGUAGAUGUCAGCCUCAAAGGAUUGGAUAUUAAAGGAGGACAUAUCAAUGUGCCAGAUGUUGAUCUUUCAGUCCCGAAACCAACAGGUGGUUUCGGCCUCAGCGUUGAUGGUCCUGAAGGUAAAGGUGGAAAGAUGAAGAUGCCAACGUUUGACAUUUCACUGCCUAAAGUAAACUUUCCUGAGAGUGAUGUCAAAUUAAAAGGGCCUGACGUCAAGGGUAAAAAGAUUGAAUUGCCGGACAUAGAUCUUUCAAUUCCCAAAGGAAAAGCAGAGGGACAGAUUAAAAUUGGUGGGCAUGGAGGCAAGGGAGGAAAGUUUCACAUGCCUUCUGUUGAUUUCUCUUUGCCAAAAAUGAAAGCUAAGGGACCAGAGGUCAACAUCGAGGGCCCUGCAUUGAAAGGAGGGAAAAUCAACACACCAGAUAUUGACAUCUCCCUUCCCAAAGGAAAAGCUGAGGUUGACCUCAAUGUUGAGGGUCCUGAGGUUAAAGGUCCAAAAGGAGACAUCAAACCAGCCAAGUUAAAGGUGGACAGUCCAGACAUACAGACGGGUGGUGUCGAAUGUUCAGGUGCAUCCCUCAAACUUCCCACAGUCAAACUACCAACAGUUGACAUCUCAGCUCCAAAAGUCGAUCUUGACUUCGGUCUCAGCAAACCUAAAGGUGACGAUGUGGAAGUUGAACUUCUGAAAGCAGAGGGAGGCAGGCCUUCUUCAGGGGGUAGCUUUGACCUUCCCGAGAUCUCCCUCAAAGCCCCUAGUUUCACCCUCCCCAGGUUUGGUGGAAAGUCAAAGAGUGGAGGGCUGGAAGUGUCAGUCCCCAAAGGGGAUGUUUCCCUCAGUCUACCACAUGUGGAAGGAGAGAUGAGGGCGCCAUCAGUAGAGUUUGAUGGAGAUGGAAAAGUCAAGAUGAAAAAACCUAAAAUCAAAUUGCCUUCAUUUGGAAUAUCCCGAAAGGAUACAAAUGUAUCAGUCUCCUGUCCUGAUGUUGAUGUUAAAGCUAAAAAAGGAAAAAUAGACAUUCCUAAACCCGACAUCAAUGCUGAGAGCCCGGAAGACAAGACUAAAUACAGAAUGAAGUUCCCCAAAUUCAAGCUAUCGACACCAAAAGUUCAGCUCCCUGAAGCAAAGGCUGGUGCCAAAGUGGAAGCAGAGGCAGAGGGCAAAGGAGGCCUUCAUGGACCUGAUGUCAAUGUCAAACUACCAAAGUUCUCCGUGCCAGGAUUUGGCUCGAAAGAAAAAGAAUUUGAUAAACCAAGUGUUGAACUAGAAAGUAAGGCCAAGAUCAAGAUGCCAUCUGUUGAGCUGUCUUUACCAGCAGCUAAAACACCGGAGACAGAGGUUCUUCUCCCGAAAGCAGAGGUGGACGUUUCAGGUGCAGAUAUUAAAGGCUACGAGGGAAACCUAAAAAUUCCUAAGAUUCCAACAGUAGACGUUUCCAUUCCAGAAAUUGACUUGCAUAUGUCUCUGCCAAAAGGAAAGUCCCCAAAGAUUGAAGGACCAGAUGUAGAGCUAAAAGGAGGCGAAGGUAAAUUCAAAAUGCCUCAAAUAACAAUGCCAACAAUAGAUGUGUCCCUCCCCAAAGCAAAAUUUGGAGAUGUCCAUCCAGCAGAUGUUGAAGCAGGUCUAGACGGAGGUAAAUUCAAAAUGCCUUAUGUCAAAAUGCCAAAUGUUGAUAUCACCUUACCAAAAGCAAAAAAGACUCCAGAUGUUGAUGUGGAAGGAGGAGGUGGCACAUUCAGAACAGCAGGGAUCAAAAUGCCAAAUGUUGGAAUAGGAAAGACUGAGAAAUUAGAAGGACCGGAUGUUGAUAUCAAAGGCAGCGGAAAGUUAAAGAUGCCUCAUAUCAAAAUGCCUCAUGUUGACAUCAACCUUCCAAAAAUGAAAACCCCAGAGGUUGAUACAUCUGGUAUGCAGGCAAAGCCACAAAUUAGUUUGCCGUCAGCAGACAUUUCACUGCCUAAAGGGAAGAUGGAGGGUGCUGAUGUGGAUAUCAAAGCAGAAGGUGGAAAAUUCAAGAUGCCCUCUGUUGAUAUUUCACUUCCUAAAGGGAGAAUUGAAGGUCCAGAUGUGGAGGUGGAGGGAAGCUCUGGAGGGAAAUUCAAAAUUCCUCACUUGAAAAUGCCAAAUGUUGACAUCUCUCUGCCCAAAGGAAAAACAGAAGGUCCAGAAGUGGAGCUCCAAGGAGAGAAAGGAACCUUUCAGAUGCCGCACAUCUCUAUGCCCUCUGUUGAUUUUUCUCUCCCCAGAGGAAGAGUUGGAGGUCCAGAUGUGGAAGCAGGGGGAGAUGGAGGUGGAAAAUUCAAAAUGCCAUCCAUGAAAAUGCCCACAGUUGAUGUUUCUAUGACAGAAGGAAAAGUUGAAGAUCCAGAUGUUGAAAUAAAGGGAAAUGUGGAAGGGAAAUUCAAAAUGCCGAAUGUUGACUUCUCUAUGCCCAAAGGAAAAAGUGGUCCAGAGGUGGAGCUUAAAGGGGAAGGUGGAAAAUAUAAGAUGCCACACUUGAGUGGGCCUUCGGUUGAUAUUUCAUCACCAAAAGGCCCAGAGGUGGAUAUGGGAGGAACAGAUUGGAAAUUUAAAAUGCCUCACAUGAAAAUGCCAAAUGUUGACAUCUCUCUACCCAAAGGAAAAUCUGGGAAAAUCAGCGGACCAGAGCUGGAGUUUGAGGGAGCCGAAUCAAAAAUGCCCUCUGUUGAUAUUUCACUGCCAAAAGGAAGAACUGAAGGUCUCAGUCCAGAUGUCAAAGUGGAGGGAGGAACAUUCAAGAUGCCCAAAGUUGACCUAUCUCUGCCAAAGGGAAGUGCCUCACUGGACAGUCCAGAUGUGUCCAUUAAAGGUGGCGAGGCGAAGCUCAAAAUGCCAAGGGUAGACAUGUCUGUCCAAAAAGGAAAAACAAACUUCGACAAACCUGAAUUGAGUAUGGAGGCAGAGGGGGGAAACAUCACACUCCCACACAUGAAGAUGCCACAAGUUGACAUCUCGCUGCCUAAAGGUGAAACUUAUAAAGGACCUGAUGUAGAGAUGGGAAUAACACAUCCAGAUGUUAAACCUGUAAAGGGAGGAAUAUCAGUGCCAAAGGCUAAAAUCUCUGGAGCAGAAAUAAACUUGCCAACCAUUGAGGCAGAAGGCAAAUCACCUGGGAACACGGGGGCUCUGACACUGAAAAUGCCCACAAUAGAUAUCAAAGGUCCCAAAGGAGACCUUGAGCUUGAUAUCGGCCUUCACAGAGGAGAAGGGAAGAAGGACAAGAAAAAAGCUGAACCACCUGACCUGGAUUUGAACGCAUCAGGAGCGAGUGGAAAAGCAAAGGGAGCCAAAGUCAAAGGACCAAAAUUCAAGAUCGGAAAGCAGAAAAAGAAAACUGGUGGCGGUUCGUCGGCAGAAGUUGAACACAACGGCCAUGGAGAUGUUAAGGUCCACACACCGGCAACGACUCUGCCAGAUGUUGGUCUGAAAACUGGAACGGGGGCAGAAGGAGGCCACGCAGAGAUCAAAGUCCCCAAGAUACCAGACAUAGAGUUUGAUAUUGGAACAUCUCAUGGAGGAGAUGAGGAUCAAACGGAGCCGGGACAGAAAGUCAAAAUCCCAAAGUUCGGCGUCCCAUUACCCUCGCUGUCCUCCCCAGAGAGGCAGGUAAACAUCUAUGGGCAGGAGAUAGAGUACGAAGGCCCCAAAAUGCCCAAAGUAAAGAAAGCUGUUUUUGUCCUGGUAAAUCCUCCUGAAACUGAAGGGCACGCUUCAAACAAAGGCCUCCAGAGAGGAGAAAUCAAAGCUGAGGCCGAGACAGAGGGCGCCAAAGUGAAGGCGCCCAAAAUCAAAAUGAAGCCGAGCUUCGGGAAGUCCAAAGACAAGUCAGCGGCAGAGGGUAGAGAAAGGGGAGAGGAAGAGGAGAAGUCAAAGGGAGGGAAGAUGAAGAUGCCCAAGGUUUCAUUUUCCGGCAAAUCGGGAUCGUUUGAUGUGACUUCAAAGGAAGACAGUCCGAGCCUGAGUCUCAACGGAGAAAAGGGUUCAAAGGAUAGCAGAGGGACUUUCAGUGGUAAAAUCAAACUUCCAAAGGUGGAGUUCACCAGUCCGUACGGGAAGACGGCGCCCGGCGAGGAGGACGCAGACGCCAGCACAAAGCUCGGGAAGGACUCGUCGCCAAGAGAAGCGAGAGGAGGCAAAAUGGCCGCCGUUGCGGUUUCCACCCCAGAGUCUCCGAAGGAGGUGGUUUCCUCUCAGGCCCGGACGGAGAUGCUGGACAGGGACAGCUCCGAGUCGCCUUCGGGCCCCGGCUCGACGGGGGUCUGGACGGAGGCCGAGGAAAGGGAGUCGUCCUCCUGGUUCAGAGUCCCGAAGUUCACCCUGAAGCCGCACUCCUCAGGCUUCCUCCAGAUCACCCCGGAGGGGUCCCCCCGGGCCCAGCGGGGGGGCGAGCUGGGCGCCGACGUCUCCGGGGUCUUCUGCCUCCACACCUCCUCCCAGCUGGGCCUCACCAGCCAGCAGACGUCCGAGGAGCGCCACGUCUCCUCGACGGAGGAGGGAACCGUCACCAUGACGACCAGGACCACCAGGAUCACCCGGCAGGUCGUGACCAGCGAAUCGCGGGCGGGCGAGACGACCACGACCACGACGACUCGCCAGGCGCCGGACUUUGACUACUGA